AUGGUUCGUAACGACGAAGCGAAGCAACAGAGUUUCUACGUGGUGUAUAUACCGGUAGAUGCGAGUAAAGAUCUCGAAGAGUGGACAGUGAAGCUACCUGUAGACAAGGAGGCACAACUUGGCUGUUUAACGGAACGACUACGUGAGCAUUUCAAAAGUGGAAACACCAUUGUGUCCAAGCAACAACAGGAAGAGACUUUUAAGCAGCAACUACUCACUCAAUUGCCCAAGGGCGCUACACUUACCGAUGAAAUGUUGCAAAUGAUGCUCCAGAUGGACAGUCUUGUGGACUCGAUCCCGCUUGUGCUCAACACGCCCGAUGUGAAGCAUGUGGGUAUCAACAUGUACGUGGACGAUAAAGGCACAGCUAAAGCUUUGCCGACAAAUGUCCGUGCAUCGGCUAUUGCUCAAGCCUGUGGCAAGAUGUUAGAAGUUAAGGGUGAUGCAUUUAUUGGACGGGUAUUUGAUAAUGAUGACGAUUUCGAGCGUAUGGACUUCCGAUUGAGUGACGUAUCAGGUGAUGCACCGUGGGUGCAGACGGCAAAGCUGCAAGCAGCUGCUGCAGCGGCAGGUAAUGGAGGAGCAGCAGCGGGUGCUGCGCUUGCCCGUGCUAAGGCUCCGAGCAAGAUGAUGCUGCCUGGAUCGAUCCAGCGUAUUUGUGGAGGUGAUCGAUGCUCAAAAAAUGGCACGCUACGCUGCUCGCGAUGCAAGGCGCAAUUCUAUUGCAGUCCAAAGUGCCAGAAAGCAGACUGGAAGCUGCAUAAGCUCGGAUGCACAAAGUAA